AUGUGGAAUAAAUAAAAAAGUGUAGUUAUUAUUUUUAUUUUGAUAUUGCUUGUUACAGGGCAAUAGAAUGAUAACUAAAAUAACUUUAAUAAAAAACAUUAACACCACAAAAAGUUUAAAGUCUUCAAAAACACUUAUUCUAAGGUUUAUGAAAGCAAAGAAGUUGAGUAAUUCAGAUUUGCUACUUUUGUUGAAAAUCUUAAAGAAAUUGAUAGGCUAAAUGCAGAAGUAACCACUGCUUAAUUUGACAUUUCUUUUUUUAGUGAUUUCACCAAAGAAGAGUUCUUGAAUUUGUUCACUGGAGCACAUAAACCUGCUAUGUCUGACUAAGAUUAAUUAUAAAACAAUAAUAACUCAAAUAAUUAAAAUGAUUAAUCAAAUAAUUAAAAAUCAUCAGACAAAUCAAACUAAAAUGAAUAAAAAUAAAUAGAAGAAUCUAUUCCUAGUUCUUGGGAUAUAAGAACAGAUGGUCCUGGAUUAUUAUAACCAGUCGAAAAUCAAGGCCAAUGUGGAAGUUGUUGGGCAUUUUCUACUUCUGGUGCAGUAGAGAGCUAUUAUUCAGCUAAAAAAAAUAUUACAUUGAAUCUCUCAAAAUAGCAGUUAGUAGAUUGUGUUUAUGAUCAUGGUGGAUGUGAUGGCGGGUGGUUUAAUGAUGCUUUUAAAUAUAUACAAAGCGUUGGUAUUGUUUUAAAUGCUACUUAUUAUCCUUACAUAAAUAAAGAUUAAACUGAACCGUGCUAAUUAUCUAAAUUACCUAAGGGAACAUCUUUUUAUCAAAUAUAAGGUUAUAAAAAAUUAGAAAAUGAUACAUCUGUAAUAAAAUAAGCUAUAAUGCAGAACGGUGCUCUUUCGAUAGCAGUUGAUGCUACUUAUUGGGCAAACUAUAAAUCUGGUAUUUUUACUUAAAAAGAAAAACCUUAAAUAAAUCAUGCUGUUACUCUUAUAGGAUGGGGAAGCGAUUACUGGCUGCUUAGAAAUAGCUGGGGUUCUUCAUGGGGUGAAUAAGGUUACAUCAAAGUUACUAACACUGGCUAUAGUGGAAUAUUUCCUUAAUAUACAUAUUCACCAAUUAAAUGA